CUAAAAAUGACAAACUUUUCCCCUUAAAUAGUUUCUAAGUAGUUUCUACUUGUUUGUAGUUUUAGUUUAGUCUGAUUGUAGUACUUAAAGUGUGCCAAUGCUAUAUUUCUCAUUAUAUGUGUGUUCAGGGAGAAGAAGAUGUCUCGAGUCAGUGAUCGGUCCAGAGGGGUCAGAUAACUGUCACAAGUUUGUGAACAUCCUGGGCCUGCGGACCACAUUCCCUCCGUUCAUGAAGACACCCAAGAAGAUGAAGAUAGUGGGGAUAUCGGACAAGAAGCAUGAAGAACCUCAGAGGGCAGCAGAGAAGUCGUCUCCUCAGCAAGUUCACGACUGCGAGAAGCUGACGGUCGACAGACUCAUGGAGCUGCAUUUUAAACACCUGGAAGCCGUUCAGCUCGCAGACAAGAGGAUGGAAGGAGAGAAGCACGUAAGAUUCACACUUGAUUGGCAGUUUCUCCUCAGCGAGAAGUGAAGAUAAGAGCAGACCUACCAGACUCAAACCUCACUGUGGGAUCUGUCGGACACUCGACACGCUUCCCGCUCGCUCCACUCCACUUUACAGAUGAACGCUGUUAAACUUUUACUCUAAAGGUGCUCUUACAGGACCUGGAGUCUGUGUAGUCACAACUGGACAAACACCCAA